AUGGAAUCAUUCGGCUGCUGCUGUGACGCAAAGAAGCCAGAUGAACCAAUACAGAUCGUGCAUCAACCCCCUGAGCCUGAGCCGCUGGACUGCAAAUGGCAAGGAGCCCAUUCGAGCAUCGAGACAUCAAAGGAGUCCUGUGGAAGUGAGUUGACAGGCCAUUUAAAUGCGCGAGAGUUACGUCUCCAGUCGAUGAACCUUCUGGAAGUGGACGUCAGCAUCAUCCGGAGAAUCUCCGUUGCUGCAAGCCUGAGGGCACGCGGCCGCCUAUGGCUCUCUUCACCCGCAGACCUGGACGAAACGACCCGCAGCAAACUCUGGCAUAAGUCUCAGCCAGGGGAUCAUUUUGACAUCUUCUUUUCACACUCCUGGAAAACUCGUGGUGUGUGGAAGGUGUUGUCGCUGCUCUUCCAAUAUGGCUGGCCUCAUAUUCUGACAUGCUGGGCUGGUGUGGUCACACUGGUGUUCAUCCUUUGUUGCUUUGGUUUGCUUCCCGCGCCCCUGACAAUGGUAAUGUCAGUCCUAGAUUUUCAUCAGUCUGACAUGCAAUUUACUCCUUGGGUCUACCUUUCAGGUGGCAUCUCUGCUCUUUUGUCGUUACUCUUUGCCCCCUACGUCAUGCACUGGUCGCCCCAGUGCUUUCUGGACGUGGUAAGCAUUAAUCAGAUUGACCCUGAGCUCACGGAGCGAGGCAUCUAUGGCUUGGGGGGGUUCCUCAGUAUUUCCAGGGAAUUGCACGUCUUGUGGUCGCAGCCAUAUUUGAGCCGCCUGUGGUGUAUCUUUGAGCUUGCUGCGUUCCGCAAGGCAAACCCGCAUGGACGUGUGGUUAUGAAGCCAUUAUUUGUCGAGCGGCAGGCUUUUCUCAUGAUGCUGGGAAAUUAUUUGGCGGCUGCCAUCUACUUGUCUUUGUUCGCCUUUCCCGGGACAACUAUUCUAAAUUAUCUUCCGAUGGUCGUGGCGGUGACACUGGCCCCUCUCUUCAUCAUUGUUCACGGGAACAGAAUUUUCAUGAGGGAGAAGUACCAGCUAAUUGCUGACUUGGACCGCUUUCAAUUGGAGGAGGCAGAUUGCCUUCUAGAGGAAGACCGACAGUUCAUCCUCACCUGUAUUCGAGAAUGGUAUGGAAGCGAAGAAGAAUUCACGAAAUACGUCCGAGGAGACUUGCGUCAGGAGCUUCUGGACAUGUCCGCAAUUGACUUGCCGCUGAGUUAUGGUUUGGUUAUCAUUCUGGGACCUUUAGGCGUGGCUCUCGAUGUAAUUGCUGCCAUGAUCCACCAUCAUGCUUCCAUGCAAAGCGUGCUAUCCGAGCUCAUUGGCUCGGCUCUGGCAUGGACGUGUUUUGGGACCCUGCUGUGCUUGAAGCUUAUGUGGUGGCUUUGCGAUUAUUUCGCUGCCAGACACUCUUCGUCGCUGCUGGAUCUUGGUAUCAGCCUUUUCAUAUUUUUGAUUGUUUUCAUGGUCUAUGCUAGCAGCGCUGUGAUUUCAGCCGUUGUUUAUCCGGUGACCCUGUGGGGUGCAGUUGCUUAUUCUUUGGUGGGCCUUUUCCUGGUGGGCCUAAUUUACGGUCGACGCUUGAGCUUGAGCUCGAUCUUGCAAACUAACAUGCUUCACAGGUGCCUCCAAAGGAGCCCUUCCGGUGCCUAA